AUGGCUCCCCUUGCGCUGACCCUGGACGCCCUGGGCGCCAACCCCGGCACCGACAUCACCGACGCGCUUGCCCAGCUGGACAGCCCCUACACGGGGCCGGGUGUGCUGUUCGUCUCCCGCGGCACCUACACCGUUAGCGCCUCGCUGCACCUGCGCAAGCCCGUGGCUUUCCAGGCGGGCGGCGUGCUGAGGGUGCUGAGAGGCGCCACGCUUUCCUUUCAGGAGCCGCUCACGGCUGGAGACCACCCAAUCUUUGAGGGGGAAGGUCGGGUGGCGAUGUCGCGGCAGCAGCCCGCCCUGCUGGUCGACUGGUUUGGCGCCAGGGGCACCGGCCUCGGCGACGACGCUCGCGCCAUAAACUGGGCGCUGCAGGUCGCCAACGACAGCAACCUGGAGGCUGUGUUUGGGGCCAAGCGGUACGCUGUCGGUACCACGCUGAAGAAGGGGCAGGGCAUGCGCGUGUUCAGCCUGCCAGGCGCGGAGCUGGUGGCGACCAAGAAGGGACUGGUGGGCAUGGAGUAUGAGGCGCAGGGUCACCUGCGCCCCGACCGCCUCCCCACCUUCACCGGCUUCCACACCGCCGUCAAGUUCAGCGACGUGGGGCAGACCGAUGCAUACAUCCCCCUCAUCCAGCCCGUCGCCGGGAAGCCCUGCAAGGCGGGCAUCUGGUUCAACGGGGACUCCACGCAGGUGAAGUUUGGCACCAUUCGCAACUGCGAGACGGGUGUGCUGGUGACCACCCCCGACGCCGGCAGAUACGUCAUGCAGGGGUUCUAUAUUGAGGGGGAGCGGUAUGUGGACACUGUGGGGGUGGGCAAGCAGGUGGUGCUGAUGCAGGCAGUCAACACGAAGAGGCCGCCCUACUGGGACCAUUCGGGGGUGGCCAUAGGCACAGGCGAGGCACGGGGGCCGGGGUGUGCACCCAAGCACACGCUCGCAUACCUGGACGCACGCGUGCACACAUCGCCCCGCCCCCUGCCCGCAGUCACCCCCUCCCCCAAGGCCAAGGGCUUUGCCGUGGUGCGCAGCAACUACCCAGACAAGAAGCUGGCUUUCCAGCACUACAAGGUGGGCCGGCUGGACGAGCUCCCCGCAAGCGGCCGCAUCGUUGACGCCGGCAUGUGGGACAGCGAGCUGCGGGUGGGACUCCCCCUCGGCUUCAAGGGCUUCAAGGAGGGGCAGCUGGCAUAUCGGGAGUUCGACUGGAAUACAAUCAUUUUCGAGGGCCCUGGUGCCAAGACCGCAAAAGUGCACGUCCUAGCGGCAGCCACCAACUCUCGGGCGGCCUUCCUUCAGCAGAACCGGCUGGUGGUCACCCCCUGGCAGAACCGGGUCAAGCUGCAGGUGCCCGCCAGGAGCUGGAAGGCGGGGGAGACGCGGCAGUACUACCUGUACCAUCAGCUGGCUGUGGGUGGCGACCAGCUCUUCUUCAACAUACCAGGGCACUCCACUCCACUCAAUCAUCGCCUUCCGUGGUACCGCACACGUGCAGGUCGGCUCAAAGUGCAUCGGCGGGAAGCUGGCGGUGACGGCGUCACCGACAACAGCCUGUCCAACGACAAGAUCACCAUGGGGCGCCCGUACGAGGUUGUGCUGGAUGUGGUGGCCUGCAAGGCCUUCUCGGGGGCCGUCGGCUUCGAUCUGGCCGUGGGGGCCGUCAGUGCAUGA